AUGAACGCAGCAUAUGUUAAUCCAAUGAAAAUAUUCGACGUUAAACGGUCAAAAUACAAUGGGACGAAUUUGCUUAAAGAUUGCUUAUCAGUAAAUGAUCCUCAAGCUUAUCAAAUUAUUCGAAAUGAAAAAGCGCGUCAACGCGGUAAUCUCGAACUUAUUGCCAGUGAAAACUUUACAACAAGAGCAGUUUAUGAGGCGCUGGGGUCUUCAAUGUCCAACAAAUACUCCGAAGGAUAUCCUGGUGCGAGAUAUUAUGGAGGGAAUGAAUUCAUCGAUGAAAUGGAACGUUUGUGCCAGCAACGAGCAUUACAGGUUUUCGGCUUAGAUCCAGAGUUAUGGGGUGUUAAUGUACAAAGUCUGUCAGGUUGUCCAGCUAAUUUCGCUGUAUAUACUGCGCUAGUUGAACCAAAUGGUCGUAUAAUGGGACUUGAUUUACCUGAUGGUGGACAUUUAAGUCAUGGGUUUUUCACUCCACAAAAAAAGGUGUCUGCUACUUCUAUUUUUUUCCAGUCAAUGCCGUACAAAGUCGAUCCUAUUACUGGACUUAUUGAUUACGAUGUUUUAGAAAUUAAUUCUUUGUUAUUUCGACCAAAAAUUAUUAUUGCAGGAACAAGUUGCUACUCUCGUCUUCUUGAUUACGCACGCUUUCGACAUAUUGCGGAUAAAUGUGGUGCUUAUUUAAUGGCAGAUAUGGCGCAUAUAUCGGGACUGGUUGCUGCUGGCGUUAUUCCAUCGCCUUUUGAAUAUGCAGAUGUGGUGACUACUACCACUCAUAAAUCUUUGCGUGGUCCACGUGGAGCAAUCAUUUUCUAUAGAAAAGGAAUUAGAACAAUAACUGCGAAGGGAGAAAAGAUUGUGUAUGAUUUGGGCCCAAAAAUCGAUUCGGCUGUAUUUCCAGGCUUACAGGGUGGUCCGCACAAUCACACAAUUGCAGGGAUUGCGGUAGCUUUAAACCAGUGUCUUACGGAAGAUUUCGUCAAGUAUUCCAAACAAGUUCUGAAGAAUGCGAAAGCCCUCGUGGACAGGCUUAUUUCACUUGGGUAUAGUAUUGUUACAGGAGGUACAGAUAACCAUUUAUGCUUGGUUGAUUUGCGUCCAAUUGGCCUAGAUGGUGCCAAAGUGGAAUUUGUAUUGGAUUUGGCCCAUAUAACUUGUAAUAAGAAUACAUGCCCUGGCGAUCUGAGUGCAUUUAAACCAGGAGGAAUACGUUUAGGUACCCCAGCGCUCACUUCUAGAGGAUUUAAUGAAAGUGAUUUUUUUAAAGUUGCUGAUUUUAUCGACGAAGGAAUCAAAAUACUAAAGAAAUACGAAUCGAAGCUGGGCAAAACAAUAAAAGAAUUAAAAUCAUUCGCCGCAAGUGAUUCAGAGUUUAAAUCUGAUGUGCAAGAUUUGGCAAAACGUGUUGAAAAUUUUGCGAUUUCAUUUGAUAUUCCAGGAAAAGAAGAUAUUUAA